UCCAUCCAUUCUUCUCACCUUCAUUUACAAAACAAAAAAAAUGGCUCUCUCUUUGCUUUCCAGCCCCUUCUUUCUUCCAUUCAUGGCUUCCCUGCUCAUGUUUUCAGCUCUGGCUCAUGAUUUCUCCAUAGUUGGUUACUCACCAGAGCAUUUGAGUUCCAGGGAAAGCCUCCUCGAGCUCUUCGAAUCAUGGCUAUCGAAGCACGGAAAAAUUUACGAGUCCAUCGAAGAGAAGCUGCUGAGGUUUGAGGUUUUCAAGGAUAAUCUAAUGCACAUUGACAGGAGGAAUAAGGAAAUCAGUAGCUACUGGCUCGGGUUGAAUGAGUUUGCUGACUUGAGCCAUGAAGAGUUCAAGAGCAAGUAUUUGGGACUCAAAUCACAGGUUUUUAGAAAGAAACAAUCACCUACAGACUUCACUUACAGAGAUGUCGUUGAUUUGCCCAAGUCUGUUGAUUGGAGAAAGAAAGGUGCUGUCACCCCUGUCAAGAAUCAAGGUUCUUGCGGUAGCUGUUGGGCUUUUUCAACUGUGGCAGCCGUUGAGGGCAUCAACAAAAUAGUGACUGGGAACUUGACAUCUUUGUCGGAACAAGAACUAAUCGAUUGCGACACAUCUUUUAACAGUGGCUGCAAUGGAGGUCUUAUGGAUUAUGCAUUCGAGUUCAUCGUUGCCAAUGGCGGACUUCGCAAAGAGGAAGACUACCCUUACCUCAUGGAGGAAGGCACCUGUGAAGAAAAGAAGGAGGAAAUGGAUUUGGUGACAAUUAGUGGUUACCACGACGUUCCCAAAAACGAUGAGCAAAGUCUUCUAAAAGCGCUAGCUCACCAACCACUCAGCGUAGCCAUCGAAGCUUCCGGCAGAGAUUUCCAAUUCUACAGUGGGGGUGUGUUCAACGGUCUGUGUGGAACCGAGCUCGACCAUGGGGUUGCAGUAGUCGGCUACGGAACAUCGAAGGGGGUAGAUUACAUAAUCGUGAAGAACUCAUGGGGUCCGAGAUGGGGAGAAAAGGGGUACGUAAGGAUGAAGAUGAAAACUGGAAAACCUGAAGGGCUUUGCGGUAUUAACAAAAUGGCAUCAUAUCCUACCAAGAAGUGAAGGUAUGAGUUCUGGUGUUAAAGAACUCUUUUUAAGCAUUUUCUUCGUAUAUUUGUUGGCCUGCUU